UUUAAUGUUGGUGGCUCGCUUGAAAAUAUAUUCUCGAGCAUUGAAGUUAUCCCACAAAGAUCUCAAUUAAAGUAAUUCGCCCUAAGAGUUCCAGUUCGGUGUUUUACAUAAUCAUAGCAAGGGUAAACCAUGGCAAAGGCUCCAGCAAUUGGAAUUGAUUUGGGUACAACAUACAGCUGUGUGGGUGUCUUCCAGCAUGGAAAGGUGGAUAUCAUUGCUAAUGAUCAAGGAAAUCGGACAACGCCGUCUUAUGUUGCAUUCACAGACAGUGAGCGCCUCAUUGGCGAUGCUGCGAAAAAUCAAGUGGCAAUGAACCCAAAUAAUACAAUUUUUGAUGCAAAACGCUUGAUUGGACGUCGCUUUGAUGACGCCACCGUGCAAUCUGAUAUGAAACUAUGGCCCUUUACAUUGAUUAAUGACGGAGGAAAGCCAAAAAUUAAGGUGGAGUACAAAGGUGAGAUGAAAACUUUCUUUCCUGAAGAAAUCUCCUCGAUGGUACUGACCAAAAUGAAGGAAACUGCUGAAGCUUAUCUUGGACGAAAUGUAACUGAUGCUGUCAUAACAGUCCCAGCAUACUUUAAUGAUUCCCAACGACAGGCUACGAAGGACUCCGGUGUUAUUGCUGGAUUAAAUGUUUUGAGAAUCAUUAAUGAACCAACUGCAGCAGCUAUUGCCUAUGGGUUGGAUAAGAAAGGAGCUGGAGAGAAGAAUGUCCUAAUCUUUGACUUAGGAGGGGGAACCUUCGACGUAUCUAUCCUCACCAUUGAAGAUGGAAUUUUUGAAGUAAAAUCCACAGCAGGUGAUACACAUCUUGGCGGAGAAGAUUUUGAUAAUCGGAUGGUGAAUCAUUUUGUUCAGGAAUUUCAGCGAAAACACAAAAAGGAUUUAACAUCGAACAAAAGAGCCCUUAGACGUCUACGAACAGCUUGUGAACGGGCUAAACGAACCCUUUCUGCGUCGUCUCAGGCUAACAUUGAGAUUGAUUCUCUAUUUGAAGGAACUGACUUUUAUACAUCCAUCACAAGAGCGAGAUUUGAAGAAUUGAACUCUGAUCUAUUUAGGGGAACAAUGGAACCCGUGUCUAAGGCAUUGAGAGAUGCUAAGAUGGAUAAAGGGCAGAUUAAUGAAAUUGUACUUGUUGGUGGGUCUACGAGGAUUCCGAAGGUACAAAAAUUACUUCAGGAAUUCUUCAAUGGAAAGGAACUCAAUAAGAGUAUUAAUCCCGAUGAAGCUGUUGCGUACGGAGCUGCUGUUCAAGCGGCAAUCCUGCAUGGGGAUAAAUCUGAAGAAGUACAGGAUCUUUUGCUUCUAGACGUUACUCCACUGUCUCUAGGAAUUGAGACAGCUGGAGGUGUAAUGACCGUACUAAUUAAGCGUAACACCACUAUACCCACCAAACAGACUCAAACUUUUACAACGUACUCUGACAAUCAACCAGGUGUCCUGGUUCAAGUUUUUGAGGGUGAGCGUGCUAUGACUAAGGACAACAAUCCUCUAGGGCGCUUUGAGUUGACUGGUAUCCCUCCAGCUCCUCGUGGUGUACCACAGAUUGAAGUUGUUUUCGACAUCGAUGCCAAUUCAAUCUUGCACGUGUCUGCUGUUGAAAAAUCCACUGGAAAAGAAAACAAGAUCACUAUUACCAAUGACAAAGGACGUCUCAGUAAAGAAGAUAUCGAUCGCAUGGUUAAUGAUGCUGAGAAGUAUCGCAAUGAAGAUGAAAAGCAGCGCGAGAAGAUUACAGCUAAAAAUGCUCUGGAGUCAUAUUGUUUCCAUAUGAAGAGCACCAUUGAGGAUCAAAAUGUUAAGGAUAAAAUAAGCGAUUCUGAAAGACAAACAAUACUAGAUAAAUGCAAUGAAACCAUCUCUUGGCUAGACUCCAAUCAAACGGCUGAGAAAGAUGAGUUUGAGUAUAAGCAGAAGGAACUUGAACAGGUUUGCAAUCCUAUUAUUACGAGGCUCUAUCAAGGAGCUGGAGGUCCAGGUGCAGCUCCUAAUAUGCCAGGUGGAGCACCUCCACCGCCACCGCAAUCCGGGACAGGACCAACUAUUGAGGAAGUAGAUUAACUUGGGAAAAACUGAAAGAUCUUUGGAAGAAUAUUUUACAGACAUACGAAUUUUAUUGAAGAAAAUGUAAAUUUGCUUGAAUAGAAUAUUUAAAAAUUA